GGUCGGUGGCGCUGCGUGGAGCGGGGAGCCAUGAGCGCGGAGGGCCCCCGGGGCACACAGCCGCGCUCCGCCGCCCGCGAAUGAGCUGAGGCUGGGCCUGACCGCCGCCGCCGCGGGUGCUAAAAGAACAACUCAUCAUGGGAGCAUUUUUAGACAAGCCAAAGAUGGAGAAACAUAAUGCCCAAGGGCAGGGUAAUGGGCUUCGUUAUGGGCUAAGCAGUAUGCAGGGUUGGCGAGUCGAGAUGGAGGAUGCGCAUACAGCUGUGAUUGGUUUGCCAAAUGGACUUGACGGAUGGUCAUUUUUUGCUGUAUAUGAUGGGCAUGCUGGAUCCCAGGUGGCCAAAUAUUGCUGCGAGCAUUUAUUAGAUCACAUCACAAGCAACCAGGAUUUUAAAGGGUCUGAUGGACCACCUUCUGUGGAGAGUGUAAAGAAUGGAAUCAGAACAGGUUUUCUGCAAAUUGAUGAACAUAUGAGAGUAAUUUCUGAGAAGAAACAUGGUGCAGACAGAAGCGGAUCAACAGCUGUGGGUGUCAUGAUUUCUCCCCAACACACUUACUUCAUCAACUGUGGAGACUCAAGAGGUUUACUUUGUAGAAACAGGAAGGUUCAUUUCUUCACACAAGAUCACAAACCAAGUAAUCCACUGGAGAAAGAGCGUAUACAGAAUGCAGGCGGCUCUGUAAUGAUUCAGCGUGUUAAUGGCUCUCUUGCUGUGUCAAGAGCACUUGGGGACUUUGAUUACAAAUGUGUCCAUGGGAAAGGUCCCACAGAGCAGCUUGUGUCGCCAGAGCCUGAAGUUUAUGAAAUUGAGAGAUCAGAAGAAGAUGAUCAGUUCAUCAUACUGGCUUGUGAUGGUAUCUGGGAUGUUAUGGGAAAUGAAGAGCUGUGUGACUUUGUAAGAUCCAGACUUGAAGUAACCGAUGACCUUGAGAAAGUUUGCAAUGAGAUAGUCGACACCUGCUUGUACAAGGGAAGUCGAGACAACAUGAGCGUGAUAUUGAUCUGUUUUCCAAAUGCACCAAAGGUAUUGCCAGAGGCAGUGAAGAGAGAGACAGAGUUGGACAAGUACCUGGAAAGCAGAGUAGAAGAGAUCAUAAAGAAGCAGGGUGAAGGCGUACCGGACUUAGUCCAUGUGAUGCGCACGUUAGCAACUGAGAGCAUCCCAAACCUCCCGCCAGGGGGUGAAUUGGCAAGCAAACGGAGUGUGAUUGAAGCUGUUUAUAACAGACUGAACCCCUAUAGGAAUGAUGAUACUGACUCUGCAUCAACUGAUGAUAUGUGGUAAAACUGCCCAUCUAGCUGUGGAGUUAAUGUUCAUCCUUCAAAUGAAAGUGCGGCCCAACCUCAGUGACCCUUCUUAACGUCCACCCUCAACCUUAUUUAAUGAAGGGAAUAUGAUGUGUUGGAGAGUGACUACACCAGAAACCUACAGCAGUACGACGUCUAGCCCAGGAACUGAUGAUUUUUGUAUAACAGACUUCUGUAACAUGAUCUCAAACCAUAAUUCAUAUUGUAAAUCAGACUCCAGCAAUUUAUGUUGUAUGAUUUUGUUUUUGUAAAGUGCAAUUGUCCUGUACAAAAUGCUCAUAUUUAAUUAUGAACUGCUUUAAUUCACUAUCAAAGUUAGAAGAAACGUUUGGCUUGUUGUGUGACGCAACAAAUAUAUAGCCCUUUAAAAUCAUGUUGUGGUUUUGGAUUGCAAGGAGCAGCAGCCUAGCCAGGUAGAUGCUCAAGAGGUGCACAAAACUGUAAGGAUUACUUAUUUAUAUAAAGCUGAGUGUUUGGACAGUUUAUCCCAACUAUCACGUGUGAAUUGCUUGGCGGUGGAAAAAUAACACGGUAUACCGCUUGUUCAUGUUUUCUGUUGCUGUUUAUAAUGAUCCCACUCCUGUUCUCAUUUGAAAUAAAUUGGAGAUUUGGCUUGACUUCAGUGGAACAGAAGAUCAUGCUCUGUAAUAAUAGUGGGUUCAGAGGCAUACCAGUUUUGGGGUUGGAAAGCCUUGAUUCUUUACCUGCCUCUUACAAACUCUUACAUGAAAUUUGCUAAUCAGUUGAGCACAGAGGAACAACUUUCUACAUACCAGUAAGCAUCUACAGCAUUUUAACUAUCCUGAGUGGCUGGGUUGGCUGCUGUUCCAAAUAAAAUAGUCUGAAUUCCAUUUUAUCAAUAAAGCUUGAUUUAACAAACAAGAAAUUUAACCAUAUACGUGUAAUUCCUUUUUUCCUGCCUUUUACAAUUUCAGUGCCAUUGUAAAUGCGGUUUUCACAUGUGGGAAAUAUUUUAAUAAUUGUAUCCCAUUUUUAAAAUGGGGAGAACUCUUGACUUCUGCCCAAGGCAUAGACA